AUGGCCCUGAAUAUACCUGGCUUGGUAGCUUUGAUUGUGUUUUAUGCAAUAACUUUUGCCAUUGGAAUUUGGGCUUCUUGGAAAAGCAAAAAGGACCAGAAGAAAGGGAAACCAAGUGAGAUGAUCAUAGUGGGGGGCAGGAACAUGAAUUUUUUCAUUGGAUUAUUCACUGCAACUGCAACAUGGGUCGGAGGAGCAUAUAUCAAUGGUACAGCUGAAACUGUCUAUCUUCCCACAAGAGGACUAGUGUGGGUCCAGGCACCAAUAGGAUUUGCUUUGUCCCUUGUUAUUGGUGGCCUCUUCUUUGUAAAUCCAAUGAGAUCCAAAAAUUAUGUGACAAUGAUGGAUCCUCUCCAAGAAACAUACGGGAACAUGAUUGGAAGCCUUCUCUUUAUUCCACCAUUAAUAGGAGAAAUAUUCUGGUUUGCAGCUAUUCUUGCUUCAUUAGGGGCAACAAUGAGGGUCAUUUUGGAUAUCGAAGGCUAUUUGGCCAUCAUCAUAUCGGCAUGCACUGUUAUACUCUACACUUUACUGGGAGGGCUGUACUCAGUUGCAUACACAGAUGUGAUACAGCUGAUUUUUAUUAUGCUCAGCCUGUGGAUCUGUGUCCCAUUUGCCCUGCUCAACUCUGCAACAGAAAACAUUUAUUACACUGCUGCUCAGGAAUCCUACCAAGCCCCUUGGAUUGGGCAAGUACAAACAGAAUAUCUUGGAAGGUGGCUGGAUGACUUCUUAUUUCUGGUUCUUGGUAGUAUCCCGUGGCAAACUUAUUUCCAACGAGUUCUCUCAGCCUCCUCACCAAGACAAGCAAGGCUCAUUUCCUAUCUGUCUGGAUUGGGGAGCUUUUUAAUGGCCAUCCCCUCCGUGCUCAUAGGGGCCGUAGCAGCAUCCACAGACUGGAACCAGACGAGCUAUGGUCUUCCAACACCAGUGGCGAGAGGAGAGUCAGCCAUGAUACUGCCAUUAGUGCUGCAUUAUCUCUGUCCAACCUACAUUUCCAUUGGCGGCUUGGGAGCGAUCGCUGCUGCCGUCAUGUCUUCCGCAGAUUCAGCCCUUCUUUCUGCCAGCUCUAUGUUUGCACACAAUAUCUACAGAAAAAUUCUUAGGAAACAGGCUACGGAGAAAGAAGUUGUCUGUAUAAUGAGGGUCUCCAUGGUGGUUUUUGGGACAGCAGCUGCAGGCCUGGCUUUUUACUCCCAUUCUAUUUAUGAUCUGUGGUUCCUGAGUGGCGAGCUGGUGUACGCUCUUCUCUUUCCCCAGCUCUUCUGCGUCCUCUUCAUUCCCAACACCAACACAUAUGGCUCAGCUGCUGGAUUCCUCUUCGGGUUCCUGUUAAGGCUGCUGGCAGGGGAGCCUUCCCUGAAAAUCCCCCCUGUAAUCCACUACCCAGGCUGCUCCCUUGUGGAUGGGGUCUACAUUCAGCUGUUCCCUUUUAAAACCUUCACCAUGCUUCUCACUUUGGGGACUAUCGUCGCUGUUUCAUACCUGGUGGCGUUUUUGUUUAAGAGAAACAUCCUCCCUCGCAGAUGGGAUGUUUGCAGUGUAAUAGAAGAUAUAGUGCAUUCACCCACCCGAGAAUCAUGA